GUUGCAUUUUCAUCCACCAUAAAACCCCUCUCUCUCUCUCUCUCUCUGGCUCGCAUAUAUGUAGGUGUGGUAGCACUAACUCGCCAGUUCGACUCAUUUUUCAACUCACUUGCUUUGCUAUCUCUCCCACUUCCUUAUGGCUAGUAACCCCAACGAGGCUCCCGCCGAUGGUUUCCUCGACCAAAUCCUUGGGCUGCCACAAUUUGCGCAUACUGACACGGGCUUAGCGGGAUCCGACGGUGGCUUGGCUGGAGCGCCAAUGUUUCUGCACCUCAACUCCGCUGAUGGAGCAGGCCAUCUCGGACGAAUCGGCGGCGGUGGAGGCGGUGCCUUUCACGGACAGGUUUUUCCGUUGGGAUUAAGCUUGGAGCAAGGCGAAGGCGGGUUUUUGAAGCAAGAGGAAGCUUCCGGUCGCGGCAAGCGCUUCCGCGAGGGGGUGGUUGAUGGCAGAACUGCUUCUGUAAAAAACGUUUUCCAUGGGCAGCCAAUGGCAGGAGCAGUUGCUGCAGCAGCAGCACAUCCACCGGCCAUGCGUCCAAGAGUGCGCGCUAGAAGAGGACAGGCCACGGAUCCACACAGCAUUGCUGAACGGUUGCGGAGGGAGAGAAUUGCUGAAAGAAUCAGGGGGUUGCAGGAACUUGUUCCUAGUGUUAACAAGACUGAUAGAGCAGCGAUGCUUGAUGAAAUUGUAGAUUAUGUGAAGUUCCUGAGGCUCCAAGUCAAGGUUUUGACCAUGAGUAGGUUGGGGGGAGCUGCUGCAGUGGCACCCUUUGUGAUAGACAUCCCACUAUCCUCAAUUGAGGAUGAAAGAGGUGAGAGUGGAAGAAGCCAACCAGCAUGGGAGAAGUGGUCAAAUGAUGGCACAGAGCGACAUGUAGCUAAACUCAUGGAAGAAAAUGUUGGAGCUGCCAUGCAAUUCCUUCAAUCAAAGGCUCUUUGUAUCAUGCCUGUCUCACUGGCCAAGGCCAUUUACCACACACAACCACCAGAUACUUCUUCCUCUAUUGUUAAGCCUGAAACAGAUCCCACUUCAUAAACCUGAGAAAAAAACAAAAGAAAAAGGUAAGCAUAGGGAUCCCCACAUUUUAUUUGUCAGAUUCUAACUCCCCUAACAAAAAUAAGUUGUGUUGUGGGUUCAAAUUGCAAUCAAAGUCAGAUGCCAAUAGCUCUUGCCUUUUUGCCUUUCUUUUCAACUUUUCUUUUUUGGGGGGUCAAAACAGGGUCUAAUGUCAAUCCCUUAAGAAAAUACAAGCAGGCCCUUAUAUGGUCAAAGCUCACUGGCUAUGUCUUCUUUUUUGUAUCAAAAUGGUGAGGGGUAGUGGAUGAUGAUGGAAGCACUUUCCUAGUGUGGCUCUGAUUUUUGGUUGGCCAUUUCAAAAAUGCUUCUUACAAUGGUCCAACUUAUACUUGAUGGUGCUUUUCCAGAAUGUAAUUUGACUUCCUUUUUAAUUUCUACAUAACCAUAAUUGGACGUGGGGAAAAA